AUGCGUCCUCCUGAGAAGCUGAAGGACUAUUUUUUGGCAGCUAUAACUGCAGGGAAAGACCCCACAUAUUUUUCAGAGGAAAUCCGUGAGCCACAUUGGAGACAAGCCAUGAAGGAGGAAAUUGAAGCUCUUGAGCAUAAUGGGACCUGGACCCUUGAACCGUUGCCCCCCGGGAAGCGAGCGAUCGGGUGCAAAUGGGUAUACAAGACCAAGUAUAAUUCAGAUGGAACGAUUGAAAGGCACAAGGCAAGAUUGGUGAUUUUAGGGAACAAUCAGAAGGCUGGGGUAGACUAUAAUGAGACUUUCACUCCAGUGGCAAAGAUGGUGACUUCUCGGUUGUUCUUGGUUGUAGUAGUGGCAUGA